AUGGCGGCUAUAUCAAGACCACAAUUUCAGCAAAGAUAUGAUCCAAAAUUUUCCACCUACAAUCCGGGUUGGAAGGAUCAUCCAAAUUUAAAGUACGGGAAUUCCUUCUACCAACAACCACCUCAAAAUCAGAAUCAUCAAAAUCAACAAUUUCAGCAUCCUAAUCAGUUCCAACAGCAAUCAUAUGCCUCUUUCCAUCCACAAAAUCAGCAACCAAAUUUUCAGCAGCAAAUACAGAAUUUCCAACAACCUACACAAAAUUUACAACCUACACAGAAUUUCCAGCAAUCUACACAGAAUUGGCAGCAACCAAAUUCUUCUUUUUCUUCUCAACCGAGGUCCUAUUCAAAUCAAAGUAGUAACAACAGUUCAAAUGCAGCAAGUACACAGCAGCAACAAAAGAUGGAGGAUAUGAUGCAGCAGAUUUUGCAACAGCAGCAAUUAGUUUUACAGCAGCAACAACAUCAACAGAGGACCGAUUCUGCUUUGCAAAACAUUGAGAGACAAAUUGGCCAGUUGGCAAGCAACAUCAAUCAGAGGCAAGUCCAAGGAUCAAAUCAAUUGCCUUCACAAACAACUCCAAAUCCUAGGAGAAAUGUUAGUGCAUUGACUCUUCGAAGUGGUAAGACAACUUCAGAAUUAGUGCGGAAUGUUCCAGGUGGAUCAAAUCUGGUUUCAUCAGGUUCAAUUCCAGCUUCAACAAAUGUUGUGCAACCUCCAGAUUUUGUUCAAAAUAAGUUAGAUUCUACUGCAAAUUAG